AUGGAACCCACCGAGAAGCUCUGCAGGAAAACGCGGGGCCAGGAAGCUGGUGGCAAGCCCAAGACUCCUGGGCUGGAGUCAGAGGGACCACCGAAGGCUCCUGGUUCACUUACUGAAGAUGACCAAGGCAAGCAGGCCUCAUUUCCCAGGGCUGGCUCGGGAAAGAGACCACUGUCAAAGACCUCUGCAGAGUUAAUGGGUGCUGACGCCUGCAGAGCGGGCCCCUACCAAGACCCAGCACCAGCUGCUUGUAGUCCCCAAGCCCAGGAAGAAGUUUCUUCUCUAGAGACAGAGGUGAAGACAGUGAAGCCAUCCAUUUCUGCAGUCCCUGGUAAGCACGGGAAGCCUAACCCCAACAGUCAAGAGGACGACCUGAAGAAGGAGUCCCUAGAAGUGACCUGUCAAUUUCGGAAAAAGACUCGAACCCUGUACCGUUCAGACCAGCUGGAGGAGCUGGAACGCCUGUUCCAGGAAGACCACUAUCCAGACAGUGACAAGCGCCGGGAGAUUGCCCAGAUGGUGGGGGUCACCUCCCAACGCAUCAUGGUGUGGUUUCAGAACCGUAGGGCAAAGUGGCGAAAAGUGGAGAAACUGAGCGAGAAGGAAAGUCGGGAUGGCCCUGCAGCCCCCAGUGAGGACAGCAGUCAAAGCAAGUCUGCACCUGAGCUCCCAGCUCCCAUGCCGACAGACCUAGAACCUGGCCCUGUUCCUCCAGAGCACAUUUUGGAUGCCUUUCCAGAGCCCCCCAUGCUGCUGACUUCUGACCAGACUCUGACCCCCUCUCAGCAAAGUGAGGGUGCUCAGAGGGUAGCAGAGACCUCACCACUCUUAAGCCCCCCACCUCUUCGAAGGACCAACCUUCCUCUUCCUCUUGGUCCUAUGCAAACUCCUCAAGUGAUGCCCCCACUAAGGGACGUUCCUGGAAGUGACAGCAUUCACAAGGACAGCCCCUGUGGGUCCUGGGGCCCCAGCAUCUCCUCAUCACCCUCAAAUUUGGAAGACCUGGGGCCUCAGUAUUAUCAAGCAAGCAGCCAGUUGGGUUCAUUCCAGUUCCCCCAGGCUCCACAGACCCCUCUUUUCCCACCAUUUCAGUCCCAGUUUCCUUAUCUGCCCCCCUUCCCUUUCCCCAUCCCAAGCUUUCUCCCACCGGAAGACUCUCUUUUUUCUUUUCCUUUUGGCCUCAGUGGGGACACAUCACAGGAUUAUUGCCCAGGGCCUCCACCUGGUCAGCUAUUGCUACAGCCACAUGCUGCAUACAUGGGUCCAGGACCCUGGAGUGGCCAUUGUUUGCCAGAACCUCCCUUCCCUGGUCCACUCUGCCCACAGACUCUGGGGCACCCCCUGGGGGUAGAGGGCUACUUUCCAGACCUGCUUCCAGCUCCAUGUGCUCAGACUAUGAGCAAGCAGCCUUCAUUAGGACUCAAUGGGCUUCCUGAAGGCACUAGACCAGAGACAGGGUCCUCACUAAGCAAAAUGCCAGAGGAGCAGACUGCCUCUUCCCUUGAGCAGCCCGCACCAGAGGAGCCGAGAGACAAAACUAAGCAUAGCCAUGCCACUGGGACGAAAGAGUAA